AUGCGUUGCUAUAUAUCACAGCUGAACAACCAGUGUCAAAUUAUAUACGUAGACCCCAAGCAAACGGGGCAAGUUGUAUUAGAUAAAAUUCUGGAAGCUCUGCACAUUGUUGAGGUAGACUACUUUGGGCUUCAGUACAAAGGAACAAAAGGAGAGGAUCUGUGGCUGAACUUGAGGAAUCGCUUGGGUGACCAGGAGAUACCGUACAGUCAUGGUGUUUAUCAUUUGAGCCUGCGGGUGAAGUUCUUUGUGCUGCCUCAUCAAAUUCAGCAGGAAGCAACCAGAGAAUUGUUUUACGCUCAGAUCAAAGAUGUUUUAAGUAGAGGGCUAAUACCAUUGGUGGAACCUUACUGUGGUGAGGCCAAAGUGGCAAGGAUAGUGGCUGCCAUUGGUCAAGCUGAUAAUGAGAAUGGGACUUUGCAUCAGACAUCAUAUCCUGAGAUAAUUCAUACAUUUUGUCCAGGGAUAGAACCCAAAUCAUCCCUCAUUGAUAACAUUUAUUCCGAGCAUCUGAAGCUGGUUAACAUGCCAAGAGCCAGUGCUCGAAAUAUUGUGCUGAAAGAAAUUAGCCGUGUACCUGGAUAUGGAGUGGAGGAACACAGAACUGUCAAUGUAUAUGGUGCAGACAUCAGCUUCCGGGUCGGACCUGAGGGAAUAGCCUUACAUGAUGUCAAGGGGAAUACGGACAGAAUGAUACCAUACACCCAGAUCAGUUUGGCCACCCAUAAUGAGAAGUUGGUCCAUAUCAUUCUUCUGGAUGAUGCAGGCGAGCCCCAGAGUGAGGAGUGUUUCAAACUGGUCAGCCGAAAGGCUGCAGUUGCUCUUUACCGCAGCAUCACUGAGAUGCAUUCAUUCUACCGGUGCGACACUGUGUGCACUAAUGUGUACUCACAAUAUUCCAGGGACUUCAAGGGCACAUUUGUCUCCAUUUUCAAUGAGAAUUCGGAUUUUGGAAAGCGUUAUAUAUUUGAUAUUCAGCGCACGUCUCGGGAAGCCUAUGACCUUGUAAGGAGAAAGUUGUAUACAAAAGCGCCUAGUCCAUCUGGUAGCCCGGUCCAUUACUGGCCUCAGGCUAACUCCACUGUAGGCAAUGAUAAUGACAGUAUUGAGAGAAAAGACCAGGACAUGUGCGAACUAACGUUAGACGAGAGGAAUACAAUUCUUCAGAGAGAAGUCAAG